UAGCACACUGCUGUCAGAUCAGCCAGGGGAGCUGCCGGAACCCACUGAGGCUGCUCUCCCCUGCCACAAAGCCUGCAGAGGGGACUAGGGGAUUUGCUGAGGAGUUUUUCUCUGGACAGACAGAACACCUUUUAAAACAACUUUAGUUCUGUUGCACUGACAGCAUCCCUUAGGCCAGCCUGACCUAGGGAAAUGGACUGAAACUAGCUUGGUGGUUACCAUAGCAACCCAGGCUGCUGGUGUCUGGGAGAGUGAGAACCGGUGGCCUCUUGUCCCGUGUUUUGGUGUUUCUUCAGCUAAGAGUACACUCCUCCUUCGAACUCUACAUAAGUCAUGCUCUUUGAAAACUGGCUCUUUACCCAGGAUUUUUUUUUUUUUUUCGUUCUGAAAUCAGUCUGAAUGGAGGAAGUUGGUAAUACUUGGCUUUUUUUUUUUCUUCUCUCAUGCAAGUUUCCAGGAUAUAGCUUCUUUUUUUGCUCUGUGUAAUUGAGACCAAACUCUAAGCUUGGGGCCCAGGAGAAAACAGUUGUGGCCUGCAGGUCGUUAGUGAGGUGAGCAGAAGGGAAUCCUGGGCUUCUCAGAGAAGGAGGAGACCAUGCCAGCCUCGUGGAACGCAGCUACCAGGAAAUACAGAAGCAGGUCUAUUCCUUGUGAACUCCGAAGUCCAUGAAAAAAAGGACCCACCGUGGGGUGGCUAAAAUGUCCCAGCGCAAGCUGCCGCUGCUGCUGAUGGACCAUAGCUCAAGGGCAAGGCUUGUAAAGGAUUUUACAAAGGAUUUUAAAGUAUAGCCAGAAAAGAUACGGUGUUUAGAAGUUAAACGCUGUUGUCUGAAGGAAGUUUGCUGGAAAGAUGUAGGUUUCAAGGGCUACUGGACAAUGAUUGGUCUGAACUUCAGCUUACGGGAACUGCUGACAAAAUUUGAAAAGGACAUCCAGGCAGAAAUCGACGCCCACAAUGACAUAUUUAAAAGCAUUGAUGGAAACAGGCAGAAGAUGGUAAAAGCUUUGGGAAAUUCUGAAGAGGCUACUAUGCUUCAACAUCGACUGGAUGAUAUGAACCAAAGAUGGAAUGACUUAAAAGCAAAAUCUGCCAGCAUCAGGGCCCAUUUGGAGGCCAGUGCUGAGAAGUGGAACAGGUUGCUGAUGUCUUUAGAAGAGCUGAUCAAAUGGCUGAAUAUGAAAGAUGAAGAGCUUAAGAAACAAAUGCCUAUUGGAGGAGAUGUUCCAGCCUUACAGCUCCAGUAUGACCACUGUAAGGCCCUGAGACGAGAGUUAAAAGAGAAAGAAUAUUCCGUCCUGAACGCUGUCGACCAGGCCCGAGUUUUCUUGGCUGAUCAGCCAAUUGAGGCCCCUGAAGAACCAAGAAGAAACCUACAAUCAAAAACAGAAUUGACUCCUGAGGAGAGAGCCCAAAAGAUUGCCAAAGCCAUGCGCAAACAGUCUUCUGAAGUCAAAGAAAAAUGGGAAAAUCUAAAUGCUGUAACUAGCAAUUGGCAGAAACAAGUGGACACGGCCUUGGAGAAACUCAGAGACCUACAGGGAGCUAUGGACGACCUGGACGCCGACAUGAAAGAGGCAGAGUCCGUGCGAAAUGGCUGGAAGCCCGUGGGAGACUUACUCAUUGACUCGCUGCAAGAUCACAUUGAAAAAAUCAUGGCAUUUAGAGAAGAAAUUGCACCAAUCAACUUAAAAGUUAAAACAGUGAAUGAUUUAUCCAGCCAGCUGUCGCCACUUGACCUGCAUCCCUCUCUAAAGAUGUCUCGCCAGCUAGAUGACCUUAAUAUGCGAUGGAAACUUUUACAGGUUUCUGUGGACGAUCGCCUUAAACAGCUUCAGGAAGCCCACAGAGAUUUUGGACCCUCCUCGCAGCAUUUUCUCUCUACGUCAGUCCAGCUGCCGUGGCAAAGAUCCAUUUCACAUAAUAAAGUGCCCUAUUACAUCAACCAUCAAACACAGACCACCUGUUGGGACCAUCCUAAAAUGACCGAACUCUUUCAAUCCCUUGCUGACCUGAAUAAUGUACGUUUCUCUGCCUACCGUACAGCCAUCAAAAUCCGAAGACUACAAAAAGCACUGUGUUUGGAUCUCUUAGAGCUGAGUACGACAAAUGAGAUUUUCAAACAGCACAAGCUGAACCAAAAUGACCAGCUCCUCAGUGUUCCAGAUGUCAUCAACUGUCUGACAACAACUUAUGAUGGACUCGAGCAAAUGCAUAAGGACCUGGUCAACGUUCCACUCUGUGUGGACAUGUGUCUCAACUGGUUGCUCAAUGUUUAUGACACGGGUCGAACUGGAAAAAUUAGAGUGCAGAGUCUGAAGAUUGGAUUGACGUCUCUCUCCAAAGGUCUCUUGGAAGAAAAAUACAGAUCUCUCUUUAAGGAAGUGGCAGGGCCGACAGAAAUGUGUGACCAGAGGCAGCUGGGCCUGUUACUUCAUGAUGCUAUCCAGAUCCCCCGGCAGCUGGGUGAAGUAGCAGCUUUUGGAGGCAGUAAUAUUGAGCCGAGUGUUCGAAGCUGCUUCCAACAGAAUAACAACAAACCAGAAAUAAGUGUGAAAGAGUUUAUAGAUUGGAUGCGUUUGGAGCCACAGUCCAUGGUUUGGCUGCCAGUUUUACAUCGAGUGGCAGCAGCGGAGACUGCAAAACAUCAGGCCAAAUGCAACAUCUGUAAAGAAUGUCCAAUUGUUGGGUUCAGGUAUAGAAGCCUUAAGCAUUUUAACUAUGAUGUCUGCCAGAGUUGUUUCUUUUCGGGUCGAACAGCAAAAGGUCACAAAUUACAUUACCCAAUGGUGGAAUAUUGUAUACCUACAACGUCUGGGGAAGAUGUCCGGGACUUCACAAAGGUGCUUAAGAACAAGUUCAGAUCAAAGAAGUACUUUGCCAAACACCCGCGACUUGGUUACCUGCCUGUCCAGACAGUUCUUGAAGGUGACAACUUAGAGACUCCUAUCACACUCAUCAGUAUGUGGCCAGAGCACUAUGACCCCUCACAGUCUCCUCAACUGUUUCAUGAUGACACCCAUUCAAGAAUAGAACAAUAUGCCACACGACUGGCCCAGAUGGAAAGGACUAACGGGUCUUUUCUCACGGAUAGCAGCUCUACCACAGGCAGUGUGGAAGACGAGCACGCCCUCAUCCAGCAGUAUUGCCAAACACUUGGAGGAGAGUCCCCAGUGAGCCAGCCACAGAGCCCAGCUCAGAUCCUGAAGUCGGUAGAGAGGGAAGAACGUGGAGAACUGGAAAGGAUCAUUGCUGACCUGGAGGAAGAACAAAGAAAUCUGCAGGUGGAAUAUGAGCAGCUGAAGGACCAGCACCUCCGAAGGGGCCUCCCUGUCGGUUCACCGCCAGAGUCGAUUGUAUCUCCCCAUCACACAUCUGAGGAUUCAGAGCUUAUAGCAGAAGCAAAACUCCUCAGACAGCACAAAGGUCGGCUGGAGGCUAGGAUGCAGAUUUUAGAAGAUCACAAUAAACAGCUGGAGUCUCAGCUCCACCGCCUCCGACAGCUGCUGGAGCAGCCUGAAUCUGAUUCCCGAAUCAACGGAGUUUCCCCGUGGGCUUCUCCUCAGCAUUCUUCACUGAGCUCCUCGCUUGAUCCAGAUGCCGCCGGCGCACAGUUCCACCAGGCAGCGGGAGAGGACCUGCUGGCCCCACCGCACGAUACCAGCACGGAUCUCACAGAGGUCAUGGAACAGAUCCACAGCACAUUUCCAUCUUGCUGCCCAAAUGUCCCCAGCAGGCCACAGGCAAUGUGAAGUAUUCAUCUGGUCAACCAAUGUUUCCUGAUGUACAGUGUUGUCCUUUUCAGCAAACACCAAUUCCAAAUUCCAUUUGAUCAGAAGCUCCAUGGCUCCUUGACCCACAGUGUUGAGUGGUGACUGUGUGUUCUACUGAAAGAGUAAAACACUGACUAUCCAAAGAGAAAUGGAUAUUUUGUUUUUAUAAUAACCAUAUAUUAUUGUUUUCUUCUUCCCUUUCUAUGCAACUGUAAAUUAAUGAACAGAGAGGUAUUUGGAAAUGGUAAUACGUUUGUCACAGAUUUCUAUAAUGUAUACAGCAUUGGGAAAGUGGGUGGGGGCUUUCUAAUAUGAUACCGUCUUUUUAAUAACCAUGACAAAAUUUACAUAAGAAUUAGAAGACCACUUUACAUUUUUACAUUCCUUCUGCUGUUCAUAUUAACCUUGCACAAUAACUUCAUUAUUUCUUUGACUCUUUUACCACACUGUUUUGGUUAUUUAUAGUUAAUCAGCCAUAUAACCAAAUAGAUCCCAUAUAUUUAUUUCCAUGAUUUGGCCAUAUUAAUAAAUUCAUAAAUUUCAAUCAAAUAUAUAUUUUCACCUAUGGUUUAAGCUACAGCCCUGUGUAUGCUGUUUAAAUUUGCUUCUCAUUGCCCACUUACUUCUUUCGUGACCACUUGGAUAACCAUAAUAAAAAUCCUAUGGGCCUAAAUGGCAUUUCUGCUGGGAUAUUUUUUCCUGUGUUUUAUUCUUUUUUUUUUUGUAUAAGUAGGACUUAAUUAUUUAUUUUGUGUCUUAAUCUAUUUGAUAAAAAAGACUCCAUUAUAAUAAUCUCAAAGAUUAUUUUACCAAAGUUUGCCCAUUUAAGCAUGUUUUCAUUUUGACACAGAAACAAAACUUGGUACAACCUUUCUUAGUUCCCACAUCUUGACUUUCACCAUCACAUGCACAGCAGACUUUACCUAUUGUGAUACCAGAAUGCACCACUGUCUUUAGUUCCCUUCAAAGAGAAUUUUAUUGUUGUUUUAUGUUUUCAAGUCCUUAAUAAUUCUUGAAACUCCUGUUUUCUUACUGAAAGCAGACACACAUUUAGUGCAUGGCUUAUUUUACCUUUUGGGUAAAAGAGCAGAUGUUUUUAUACCAUUCACUUAAUCAAUAUAUUUGGAAAGAAUGUUUAUCAAAAGUCUAUGUCACUGCUUCUACAGAAGAAUGAAAUUAAUGCUUUGAUGAUGGUACCUCCACCUAUAUGUUUGAGUGCAUUCAAUUAAGUAUUUUGGUUCAACUUCUGAUUUAACAUUUUAUUGAUUCAGUUUAAACAUGUUACUUAAUUACCAAAUGCAGAGAAACCAAAAAACAAGUGAAAAUAAUGUGUUUUGACUCCAAUAUAUGUGCAUUUAAAACAUAAAGAUAUUUUUUAACUUUGAGUUCUCUUUUUCUUGGAUCUGGCCGUAAGGAGGCUUAAAGUUAGAAAUUGCUAUUAUUUUAGAAUAGGUUGGGUGGGUUGGGGGGCAAGGGUGUCUAUUUGCAGCAGAGAUAUUUUGAAAAGAAGAAAAUUGUUUUAUAUAAAAGGAAAGCCAUGACCACCUUUCUACCUCAGAUCCAUCUUCCUUCAUUACAUUGGAAAUUGCUUUAUGCUGCUGCAGUCUGCAAAGUCUAGAGCUUUUAUCAGGCCAUGUCAUACCCAAGAAAGCACCUGCUUAAAGAAAACAACUCCCUGGACUCUGAACUCCAUGUUGUAGAUUUGGUGUCUUCCUUUUCUUACUUUAAAAAGUCAUGUGUUAAUUUUUUUACUGCCUGUCUUUGUAAGCCAAGUGUCCUCUAUCUGCUAUUAAGGAAAAGCUACAUAAAACACUACAUUGUAACCUUCUAAGUAACAAUAAAUAAAAAGAAAUAUAUUGCAGUAACAACAAUGGGAAGUAAGUAUGUAUUUCUUUUGAAAUAUGUGGUAAAGAACUAAUCACAGACUAUCAUCUAAUCUGGUUACAUAUUGUAUUUUUCAUCCUGAAUAAAAGUAAUUUCAACACAA